AUGGAAAUUCUCUCUGGAGUUGAUGCUCCAUUGAAGACAAAUCUAGAGCUGAUAAAGGACUCUCCGCUCCCUUUGGUCAAGAGCUCUCUAGCGGCCACAUUCUCCAGAGAGGCUGCCAAUUUCAUGAGUAAAAAUGAGGUGGUGCAGGAACAGUUCCGUUUCCUCAAAGGAACCUACUGCGCCGACGAAUCGUUGUGGGGGACUAUUGCGGGAAAUCCAGAGCUACUUCCUAUGCCCGGUGGAUUCGAUGGAAAGGAUUUUCUGCUGCGAAAAUAUGGAGGAGUUAUAGCUAGUUGGCGGCGUGCCGAUCCGUGGACGGCUCCGCCCAUGACUUCUCCUCCAUCUUCGUUGCGAAAUGCGACUUCAAAAAUGGUGGUUGACUCGUAUGCAAUCUCGCGUUAUCAACAAUGGAUGAUCGAGACAAACUCGUUGUGUAGAGGUCGAUAUUAUCGUCUGUCGUGUGUGUAUGGAGUCGACGAUCUUCCUGUGCUGAUUAGACGCUCUGAAUUGGAAUCUCGACGACGCAGUCUACAGCCUGUGUCGUUUUCCGCAGCUCCGUACACAAAUCUUCCUGAUGCUCCU